UUGAGGAAUGUGGCGCGAUAUACCCUGACAACGCUAUGCCAAUGUGCAUACAAACAAAUUCAUGUAAAAAAAUCAAUAAGUAGGGCCCAUUCCUUCGUGUGUUGUAUCUAACAAAUAUAAGGCGUUUUCUCUUCUGUUCACCUCCACACACAGACGCAGUCAUUUAGGAGAACAUGCCUCGCAGACGACAGAGACCCAUGGCUGGGAGUGGCUCAGAUGGAACUGAGGACUCCGACUCCUCUGCUGAAAGAGAACAGACCAACGGCUCAGAGAGUGAUGGAAACAUGCCCAAAAGACAACGCCUCACCAGAGCCUCUACCCGCCUUAGCCAGAGCUCUCAGGAUACACCAGACUUGAAGCGAGCUGCAGACCACGAUGAAUCUCCACCCCUCACACCCACAGGAAACGCACCUUCCUCCGAAUCAGAGUUGGACAUUUCCAGCCCCAACGCUUCUCAUGAUGAAAGUCAGUCUAAAGAUCAGGCCAGCAGAGACUGUGAUAAAGACCUCUCUCAUCGACCAAAACGCCGCCGCUGUCAUGAAACAUACAACUUCAACAUGAAAUGUCCAACACCAGGGUGUAAUUCUCUAGGUCACCUCACAGGGAAACAUGAACGCCACUUUGCUAUAUCAGGGUGUCCUCUUUAUCACAACCUUUCAGCAGAUGAGUGCAAGGUAAAAGCCAUCAGCCGUGAGAAACAAGAAGAGGACGCAAAGGUGCCAGAAGAAAACAACACUCGCCAUGCAACUCGGCACCAGACACCGACACCUAAACAGAGCAGGUACAAGGAGCAGGUGGCAGAGAUGAGGAAGGGAAGAAACUCUGGCCUGCAGAAAGAGCAGAAAGAAAAACACAUGGAACACCGGCAGACGUACAGCAAUACUAGAGAGCCUCUGCUCGAGAACAUCACCAGUGACUAUGACCUGGAGCUUUUCAGAAAAGCCCAGGCCCGUGCUUCUGAAGAUCUGGAGAAGCUGCGUAUUCAGGGUCAGAUCACUGAGGGGAGCAACAUGAUCAAGACCAUCGUGUUUGGCCGCUAUGAGCUGGACACCUGGUACCACUCGCCCUACCCUGAGGAGUACGCUCGUCUCGGCCGUUUGUAYGUCUGCGAGUUCUGUCUCAAAUACAUGAAGAGUCAGACCAUUCUCAGGAGACACAUGGCUAAGUGUGUGUGGAAGCAUCCUCCAGGAGACGAGGUGUACAGAAAAGGCUCUAUAUCAGUGUUUGAAGUUGAUGGCAAAAAAAAUAAGAUCUACUGUCAGAACCUGUGUUUACUUGCCAAACUUUUCCUGGAYCACAAAACCCUUUAUUACGACGUGGAGCCUUUCCUCUUCUACGUCAUGACUGAGGCUGACAACACCGGCUGUCAUUUAGUGGGAUAUUUUUCCAAGGAGAAGAACUCCUUCCUGAACUAUAACGUGUCUUGUAUCCUGACGAUGCCGCAGUACAUGAGACAAGGCUUCGGCAAGAUGCUCAUUGACUUUAGUUAUCUGCUGUCCAAAGUGGAGGAGAAGGUGGGCUCACCAGAACGCCCUCUGUCUGACCUGGGCCUCAUCAGCUACCGCAGCUACUGGAAAGAGGUGUUACUCAGAUACAUGUACAACUUUCAAGGCAAGGAGAUCUCCAUUAAAGAGAUCAGUCAGGAAACUGCAGUCAAUCCGGUGGACAUUGUGAGCACCCUGCAGUCUCUACAGAUGCUCAAGUACUGGAAGGGAAAGCACUUAGUACUGAAGCGACAGGAUCUGAUUGAUGAGUGGAAAGCAAAGGAGAUCAAACGAGGUAACAGCAACAAAACCAUCGACCCGAGCUCGCUAAAAUGGACCCCUCCCAAAGGGACAUAAGCACAAACUUCUCAGGCUACUUACAAAAAAAAAAUCACCUCCAGCCUCCCAAGCCACAAGUAGCCUAGACUCUUCAAUAAAGAUCAGUGUUUCAUUUAGUUCAGCUUUUUAUCUUUUUAUGUGUUUUCUUUGUUGUUUUUUUUACUUUGCUAUUUUAAUUUCAGUAUCAUACAUUCCAGGUCAAAUGAGACUCAAUCGCGGUCAAACACUUGCAGAAUUUGUCUUGUUUUAUAAAUGCCCUGUUUCUGAUUGACUAUAGAAGUGAAAUGAUAAUUAGUCCAGAUUGGAGGAUUACACAAACCUUGACUGCAAACAUUUUCAGGUGUUCUGAGGACGGUAGUUAUUCCUGUUCGGGGUCAAAGCAACUAGCUGUUCGCAUGAACAGAAACUUAAAGCAGGGUAUAUUUUUUGAAAACAUUUCUUUGGUUGAUGUAAAAGUUGUAUAGAUUUUWUUUUUUUUUGUAGUUCUGAUUAGUACAGGAUUUGUACCCAUUCUUCUGGUAAACCUGCCAAAUAAUAAGAAAGUAAUCUUAUAAGUGUUGAAUUAGAAAAGGACAACAUGUCUGUAGUGACGCACAUGAAGUUAAAACAAGCUCAGGUUUUCAUACAGAUCCAAUCAUACCCUGCUUGUACGGUUCCUCUGAGUACUGAAUCUCACUGCUUACAGAUGGAAUCGCUCCGGUUAAAGAGUCUGUAAUAAACAAAAAACAUMCGAAUGGGACACUCUUUGCCUUGUGAAUUUAAUCAUAGUAGUUCAUUGUGUAUUGGACAUUUGAUAUUUUUAAUAUCAAUAAAGCUGCCUUGAUAUUUUGAA